AUGUCCAUCGCUAAGACAGUCCUUCACAAGUUUGUUGGCUACCUGGAGGCGCAGGCCUCGGAGCUGAUCUGGAAACCUCGGUGCUCCGCGACGAUCGCGUGGGAACAAAGCCAGGGCAUCUCUGCCAAGGACAAGACAUCCAAGUACACAGGCCCCCGAGAGCAGCGACAAUUGUUGCGCAGAGCCAGGUUCUGGACCGGACUGCGACUGGUGGAUGGUGCACUGAAGAGUUUUGUCUAG